CUCGCGUGUGCAAUAAUGGCGGGCGGCGUGGUAGUGAACGCGGCCGGGGGCAAGACGUACCCCGGCCACAUGACGGCGUUCGUCUUCUUCACCUGCCUCGUGGCCUCCUCCGGCGGGCUCAUCUUCGGCUACGACAUCGGCAUCUCCGGCGGUGUCACCUCCAUGGACUCGUUCCUCAAGGAGUUCUUCCCCUCCGUGUACGCCAAGGCGGAGGCCAACAAGGACACCAACCAGUACUGCAAGUUCGACAGCCAGCUGCUGACGCUCUUCACGUCGUCGCUCUACCUGGCGGCGCUGGCGACGUCGUUCGUGGCGGCGUCCGUGACCCGCGUGUUCGGCCGCAAGUGGUCCAUGUUCUGCGGCGGGCUCACCUUCAUGGCCGGCUCCGCCAUGAACGGCGCCGCCACCGACGUGAUGAUGCUCAUCAUGGGCCGCAUCCUCCUCGGCGUCGGCGUCGGCUUCGCCAACCAGUCGGUGCCGCUCUACCUCUCGGAGAUGGCCCCCGCCAAGCUCCGCGGCAUGCUCAACAUCGGCUUCCAGCUCAUGACCACCAUCGGCAUCCUCGCGGCGAACCUGAUCAACUUCUGGACGGUGAAAAUCGAGGGCGGGUGGGGGUGGCGCAUCGGCCUGGGCCUCGCCGGCGUGCCGGCGCUCAUCAUCACGGUGGGCGCGCUGGUGCUCCCGGACACGCCCAACUCCCUCAUCGCCCGUGGCUACAACGACGACGCCAAGAAGGUGCUGGUGAAGAUCCGCGGCACCGACGACGUGCACGACGAGUACGACGACAUGGUGGCGGCGAGCGAGGAGGCGAGCGCCAUCGAGCACCCAUGGCGGAACAUCCUGGAGCGCCGGUACCGCCCCCAGCUGACCGUGGCGGCGCUCAUCCCGUGCUUCCAGCAGCUGACGGGGAUCAACGUGAUCAUGUUCUACGCGCCGGUGCUGUUCCUGACCAUCGGCUUCGGCGACGACGCGUCGCUGAUGGCGGCCGUCAUCACGGGGCUGGUGAACAUGUUCGCCACCAUGGUGUCCAUCGUGUGCGUCGACAGGCUGGGGCGGCGGGCGCUGUUCCUCCAGGGCGGCACGCAGAUGUUCGUCUCGCAGAUCGUGGUGGGCACCAUGAUCGCGGCGCAGUUCGGCACCGCCGGCGUGGGCACCAUGUCCAGGAACAACGCGUGGCUGCUGGUGCUCUUCAUCUGCCUCUACGUCGCCGGCUUCGCGUGGUCGUGGGGGCCGCUGGGGUGGCUGGUGCCGUCGGAGGUGUUCGCGCUGGAGGUCCGGUCGGCGGGGCAGAGCAUCGCCGUGUGCGUCAACAUGACGCUCACCUUCAUCAUCGGGCAGUCGUUCCUCACCAUGCUGUGCACGCUCAAGUUCGGGCUCUUCUACUUCUUCGCCGGGUGGAUGUUCGUCAUGACCGCAUUCAUCGCGCUCUUCCUGCCGGAGACGAAGGGGGUGCCCAUCGAGGAGAUGAACCACGUCUGGAGCAGACACUGGUUCUGGAGCAAGUACGUCACCGUCGACAGCAGGCAACACGACGGCGGCGGCGGCGGCGGAGGCAGCCGCAGAUCCAACGGCGGCGUCUGAUGAUCGAGCUGAGAUCGUCGCUUGUCGCGCGUUCUCUAGCUACGUACGUGUGUAAUCUAAGCUAACAACGUAGCUGACCGUCGAGUUGCUUAAUUAAUUGACGUACAGGACAGGGUGGUGGAAUGUCUCUCAUCUGCAUCGAUCGCCGACUGACUAAUUUCCAUGCAUGGCAUGCACAGAUUGAUUUGGUACUUGAUCGAGAUUACUGUUGUCGUUACUGUUAGAGAGAGAGAGCGAGAGAGAUUGGCACAUAUAUAGCUAGCAUAUGCAGAAUUAAAGAAGCUAGCAGUUCGUUGUCUGUAUCCUCUGUACGGUAUUUGACCAGGAAGUUAAGUCUGAUCUAGGAUUAACCCCUGCAUGUAAGCAAGGUAAAUUUUAAGUUGUCUUAAAUGUUUUAGAAUUCAUUUAAUAAUAAAGGACGGAUGGGACAGUUGUUACUUCA